AUGGCUUUCUUCACCAACGCCGCCAUCUUUCUGAUCCUGGCCUGCGUAUCCCAUCAGCUGGCUCUUUCGUUCUCCAACACUGUGCGCAAGCCCCGCCCCACCCGCUCUCUGCAGCCAAUCAAAGGCAAGACACUGACCAAAGACAAAGCCCACUGCACCUGGGCUGUGACCGGGGACCAGAGGGCCUUCACCAUGGGUGUCACAUGCAGCAAAGCCGGCAAACGAACCAGCUGUGACUACAUGGCAAGGCCAAGUCUGUGUCCAGAGUUUGCCUUGAAUCCCAAACUCUACUGGAAGCAAAUAGCGCGUAGCCUGAGAAAGCAGAAAAGCAUUUGCCAGGACAGAAGUGCUCUGGUGAGAGCAGGGAUGUGUAGAAGAGCUCCCAGAGAGGCACACUUCAAGAUGGGGGGAAGUGACCGGAGACCUCGCCCCAAUGUGACGCUCACCCCCCCGCCUGUCCAGUCCUGUCAGCCGGCCAAUCAGAGGCUGGCAUUGGAGUUCUGCCAGGAACGCUGGACCAGCAUCUGCACCUUCUUAUUCACUGUGGUGAAGGACCAGGACUGUUGA